AUGUUUUCACGUAAAAUAUUAUUAAUACGUUGUAGCAUACCUAUUCAAAGACGUUGGGCUGCUUUGAAAAUUCAAUCAAAAGGCGGAGAUCCGAAUAAAUAUGUGGAUUUGAGUGAAUUCAAGGCUGAGAACAUUCGAAACUUUAGUAUUGUAGCUCAUGUAGAUCAUGGUAAAAGCACAUUAGCUGAUAGAUUGCUUCAACAAUGUGGGGUGAUUGAUAAGGACGAAAGGAAACAGUUUUUGGACAAGUUACAGGCAAGUUUUUGGCUUUUUUCUUGUUGGUUUAGGUAGUUGAUGGUAAAGAUUGAAGACUUUUGUUGGUUUUUUGGGGAGAUUGGUUUUGUUUUUGUUAAAUUAAGGUAGAGAAGGUAUUAAUUAAGCUUUUGAAUGUAUAUUUUAAUUGUUUUCAUUUCAGGUUGAGCAAGAACGAGGAAUAACAGUGAAAGCACAGACCUGUUCCAUGGUGUAUAAGGUAAAUUUAUUUUUCUGGCUUUUUUAGUUAGAUAUAUGCAUAGAAUCUUUGAUAAUAACUUUAAGAUGUUUUAGGAUUACCUGUUCAACUUAAUUGACACUCCAGGCCAUGUUGACUUUAGUUUCGAGGUAUCACGAAGCUUGGCCGCCUGCGAUGGAAUGUUGUUGUUGGUGGCAGCUAAUGCUGUAAGUUUUCCAAUGUUUUGCUUUAUAUUUUAGGCAAGUUUGACAAUAUUACUUUAGGGAGUUCAAGCACAAACCGUAGCAAAUUUUUGGCUUGGAUUUGAGAACGAUCUUGUGAUACUGCCAGUAAUAAACAAGAUUGAUCUACCUGGAGCUGAACCUGAUAUUGUUAAUGCUCAAUUAUGCAGUGUAUUUGACUUUAACAAGGAUGAUGCUAUUAGGAUAUCAGCUAAAACUGGUUUGGGAGUGUCUGAGAUACUUGAUCAUAUAAUUGAAAAGUAAGGUUUUAGGGAAUUUUAGCUAAAUAUAUUGUUUUAGACACCUAUUUGUAACAUUUUUAGUUUUUUGUUUAUAUUUUAAACGGUUUUGAUUAACUACUGUAGCUUUUAUCGCAAAUGUUCUUUAGAGUACCACCUCCAAAAUCAGACAAGUCAAAGCCAUUUAGAGCUCUUAUAUUUGAUUCAUGGUAUGAGCACUUUCGGGGAGCAAUAGCCUUGUUAUUGGUUAAAGAAGGUGAAAUUAAAGUAGGACAGAAGAUCAAAUCAUAUCAUAAUGAUAAAGAAUACGAUGUAGCUGAGGUUGGCAUAAUGUAUCCGGACAUGGUUAAGGCUGUGGUAUGUUUUAUGUUAUCCUUCUUGAGCUUUUUUGAUUUUAGGGUGCUGGUGGGUAGUGUAAUAUCGUGAAUAUCUUUAUUAUUGGUUCUUGGAUGCUUUUGUUAUUUUGGAGUUACAUUGGGAAGAUAUUAAAGAUACUAUAGUCAAAAAAUGAAGCAAUUAUAAUAAAAAAUAUUGUAAUAGCAAUUAAAAAACCAAAAAUUUCAGAGUUUAAGUGCAGGCCAAGUCGGCUACGUGGUAUGUUCGAUGAAAACAGUAAAAGAAGCAGCAGUUGGUGAAACAUUAUAUGCUGGAGAUGUGUCCAAAGAUUCUGUGACACCAUUUGCAGGCUUCAAAACUAUGAAACCUACAGUAUACGCUGGGUUAUAUCCAGUAGAACAAGCUGAGUACGAGAACCUGAAACAAGCGUUGGAAAGGCUGGCUUUGAAUGAUCCUUCCGUGGAGAUAUCUGGGGAUUCUAGUGUAGCGUUAGGCUUGGGAUUUAAGGUUGGAUUCUUGGGAAUGUUGCACAUGGAGGUAGGGGUGGAUUUUUGAGUUUUGUUUUUUGAGGGGGGGAGGGGAGAGAAUUUUUUUUGGGGGGAGGGAGAGGGAAAGGUUUUGGUUUUUUUUUUGAUUUAUGUUCAAAAUCAGGUAUAACAACUCAUUUUUCAGGUAUUCGGCCAACGCCUGGAUCAAGAAUACGAUGCCAAUGUUAUACUAACAGCCCCAUCAGUAGAAUACAAAGCUUUAGUCAAAGACAAUGAUACGAUACGAAAGAAGCGAUACGAAGGAAGAGGAGAACUGUCAAUAACAGAUCCGUCUAAAUUCCCGGCCGAAGUACAAGAUAUCGACUAUUUUCUGGAGCCAAUGGUACAACUUACGAUAAUCUGUCCUAACGAGUAUAUGAGUCAAGUUACAGCACUAUGUACUGAAGCGAGAGGAGAACGUGGAGAUAUUAAUACGAUUGACGAGUCUAGGAUGAUUAUCAAGUACAGAGUGCCGUUGGCCGAAGUUGUUGUGAACUUUUUUGAAAAAUUGAAAAGGAGCACGAGGUAAGGGAUCUAAUAAGCUUAUUUUAAGAUGUUUAGGCUGUUAAUGGUAGAUUUAGGCUUAUAAGCGGAACUUUAAUUCUAUAUGUUAACAUAUAUGUUGACUACAAUAUCAAAACAAAGCUUUAAAUUUAAAAAUUCUAGUGGAUAUGCCUCAUUUGACUACGAAUACGAUGGAUAUCAAGAGGUAGAUCUGGUCAAACUGAAUGUAACUAUAAAUCAACGUCAAAUCGACGAGUUUUCUCUAAUCUGCCCAUCUCAAUUGGUACGACAAAAGGCCAAAGACUUGAUGAAUAGGCUUAAGGAAGAGAUUCCGCGACAGUUAUAUGAGGUCAAUAUUAAGGUAGGUUCAAAAUGGGUAUAUUAAAGUUGGCUAAAGAGAUUUUUGCUUAAGGAAUUGAAAAAUGGCAAGAAAUUUCUUUACAAAUCAAAAAAUGGCAAGAACUUUCUUUACAAGGCAAAAAAUAGCAAGAAUUUUUUUUGCAAUACCUAAGAUGGCAAGAACUUUCUUUACAAGGCAAAAACUGGAUAUACGACCUGUUUUUAGGCCCACAUAGGAACAUCCCAAAAAGCAGUAAGCCAAGCGACAAUAAAAGCCUACAAAAAAGAUUUUACCGGCCUAUUAAAGGGUAACUUUGGGGGUGGAGGUAUGGAGAGGUUGAAUAAGAAGCUAGCACAUCAAAAGAAAGGUAAAGAACGAAUGAAGAACGUUGGCAACAUCAACAUACCCAAAGAGGCUUUUAUCAAUGUUUUGAAGCAUUAG